UCUCUCACUAUAUAAAGUCUAAACCCUCCCUCCCUCCCUUUUCUCCCUCAUCCGAAAUCUCUCCGGAAUUUCUCUCGCUCUCUCUCUUCCACCUCCUUCUUUCUCUAUAACCUUACGCUCCUUCUAGGGUUUUGGCUUGUUGCUUGGUGGUGUUGUUGGUGGUGGCCGUACACCUUCUAGGGUUUAUCACAGCCCACCGUGUUAAUUCUUCACUAUGGCUGCCGAGAGGCUCAGAGAUUUGAGCCAGCCGAUUGAUGUGGCUUUGCUUGACGCCACUGUCGCCGCCUUCUAUGGCACCGGAUCUAAGGAAGAGAGAAAUGCUGCCGACCAGAUUUUGCGUGACCUGCAAAAUAAUCCGGACACUUGGCUGCAAGUCAUGCAUAUUUUACAAAACACUCAAAAUCUGAAUACCAAGUUCUUUGCCUUGCAGGUUCUAGAAGGUGUGAUUAAAUACAGAUGGAAUGCUUUACCUGUUGAGCAGCGAGAUGGAAUGAAGAAUUUUAUUUCUGAUGUUAUUGUAAAGCUUUCCAGUGAUGAGGCUUCGUUUCGAGUGGAAAGGUUGUAUGUCAACAAGCUUAACAUUAUAUUAGUUCAGAUAUUGAAGCAUGAGUGGCCAGCAAGAUGGCAAAACUUUAUUCCUGACCUUGUUUUAGCAGCUAAAACUAGUGAAACAAUUUGUGAGAAUUGUAUGGCGAUAUUGAAACUUCUGAGUGAGGAGGUUUUCGAUUUUUCAAGAGGAGAGAUGACUCAGCAGAAGAUAAAAGAGCUUAAACAAUCAUUGAAUAGUGAUUUUCAUCUCAUCCACGAGUUAUGCUUGUAUGUCUUAUCUGCAUCCCAGCGGACUGAACUCAUUCGCGCAACACUAUCUACAUUACAUGCCUUCCUAUCUUGGAUUCCCUUGGGAUACAUAUUUGAAUCACCCCUGCUUGAGACACUCCUCAAGUUUUUUCCAAUUCCAGCAUAUCGGAACCUGACAUUGCAAUGCCUAACAGAGUUACAGGUGGCAGCCCUUCAAUUUGGGAACUAUUAUGAUGCGCAGUAUGUUAAGAUGUAUAAUAUAUUCAUGGCUCAAUUGCAGCAGAGCAUACUCCCUCCUACUACAAAUAUACCCGAGGCUUAUGCACAUGGUUCCAGUGAGGAACAAGCAUUUAUACAGAACCUGGCGCUGUUCUUCACUUCUUUUUACAAGUCUCACAUUAGAAUUCUGGAAACUUCACAAGAGAAUGUAUCUUCUUUGCUAUUGGGUCUUGAAUAUCUUAUCAACAUUUCAUAUGUGGAUGACACAGAGGUUUUUAAGGUUUGUCUGGACUAUUGGAACAUUUUGGUAUUGGAGCUGUUUGAGGCACACCGCAAUUUGGAAAAUCCUGCUGUGGCUGCUGCAAACUUAAUGGGUCUUCAGCAGGUUCCAAUGAUGCUACCUGGUAUGGUUGAUGGUCAUGGUUCACAAGUUCUUCAGCGCAGGCAGCUUUAUGCUGGCCCAAUGUCAAAGUUGAGAAUGCUUAUGAUCUGUCGUAUGGCUAAGCCUGAAGAGGUUCUUAUAGUUGAAGAUGAAAAUGGAAAUAUUGUUCGUGAAACAAUGAAGGACAAUGAUGUUCUUGUUCAAUAUAAGAGCAUGAGAGAGACUCUUAUCUACUUGUCACAUCUUGAUCAUGAGGACACUGAAAAGCAGAUGCUGAAGAAAUUAAGUAAACAGUUAAGUGGUGAGGAUUGGACAUGGAAUAAUUUGAACACGCUCUGCUGGGCAAUAGGGUCCAUAUCUGGCUCUAUGAUGGAAGAUCAGGAAAACAGAUUUUUGGUUAUGGUCAUCCGGGAUUUGUUAAAUCUUUGCGAGAUUACUAAGGGAAAAGAUAACAAAGCGGUUAUUGCUAGUAAUAUCAUGUAUGUUGUUGGGCAGUAUCCACGCUUUUUAAGAGCCCACUGGAAGUUUCUAAAAACUGUUGUUAAUAAGUUGUUUGAGUUUAUGCAUGAGACACAUCCCGGAGUUCAGGAUAUGGCGUGUGACACUUUUUUGAAAAUUGUUCAGAAGUGUAAACGUAAAUUUGUAAUCACCCAGGUUGGUGAAUCUGAGCCAUUUGUAUCUGAACUUCUCUCAGGCCUUCCAACAACCAUUGCGGAUCUUGAACCCCAUCAGAUUCACACAUUUUAUGAAUCGGUUGGCCACAUGAUUCAAGCAGAAUCUGAUGCCCAGAAAAGAGAUGAAUAUCUUCAACGAUUGAUGGAACUUCCAAAUCAGAAAUGGCUUGAAAUAAUUGGGCAGGCGCAUCAAAAUGUUGAUUUUCUGAAGGAUCAGGAGGUGAUCCGGACUGUGCUUAAUAUAUUACAGACAAACACAAGUGUUGCAUCUUCUUUAGGAACAUAUUUUCUGCCCCAAAUUACGUUGAUCUUUUUGGACAUGCUGAAUGUGUACAGAAUGUACAGUGAGCUUAUAUCAACAAGCAUUUCAGAAGGAGGCCCUUUUGCAUCUAAAACAUCAUACGUAAAACUCUUACGUUCGGUGAAGAGGGAGACACUUAAGUUGAUCGAUACAUUCUUGGACAAAGCUGAAGAUCAACCACAAAUUGGGAAACAAUUUGUUCCCCCAAUGUUGGAUCCUGUUUUGGGAGAUUACUCUAGGAAUGUGCCAGAUGCUAGGGAAUCAGAAGUUUUGUCACUUUUUGCUACAAUUGUGAACAAAUAUAAAGCUGCAAUGGUUGAAGACAUACCUCGCAUAUUUGAAGCUGUUUUCCAGUGCACACUGGAGAUGAUUACAAAAAAUUUUGAAGAUUACCCGGAGCAUAGGCUCAAGUUCUUCUCUUUACUCCGUGCCAUAGCUACCUAUUGUUUUCCUGCAUUGAUCUGUUUAUCAAGUCAGCAACUAAAACUUAUCAUGGAUUCAAUUAUAUGGGCAUUUCGGCAUACUGAAAGGAAUAUUGCUGAAACUGGGCUUAACUUGUUGUUGGAGAUGCUGAAGAAGUUUCAGGCAUCUGAGUUCUGUAAUCAGUUUUACAGGACGUACUUUUUGACAAUUGAGCAAGAGAUAUUUGCUGUUUUGACAGACACAUUCCACAAGCCUGGGUUCAAAUUACAUGUUUUAGUUCUACAGCAUCUGUUCUGUCUGCUGGAAAGUGGUGUCUUAACUGAGCCAAUCUGGGAUGUCGCUACAAAUCCAUAUCCUUAUCCAAGUAAUGCAGCAUUUGUACGUGAGUGCACCAUAAAACUUCUGAGCACUUCAUUUCCCAACAUGACUUCAUCGGAGGUUACACAAUUUGUCAAUGGACUUUUUGAGUCUACCAAUGAUCUCUCUACAUUCAAAAAUCACAUACGAGAUUUUCUUGUACAAUCGAAAGAGUUUUCAGCUCAGGAUAACAAGGAUCUCUAUGCAGAAGAGGCUGCGGCUCAGAGAGAAAGAGACCGACAAAGGAUGCUGUCUAUUCCGGGACUCAUUGCCCCGAACGAGUUGCAAGAUGAAAUGGUGGACUCAUAAAUCAGGUUACAGCAAUGGAAUUGACAUGACUUUGUUCUCGCAGGUGCCUCAAUCGAAGUUGUAGAGUCUUUGAAACAGAAGUGCACCAUUUUCCUCCCAAAGUUUAGGUUUACCCUUCCUCCCAUGAUAUUUCGCUUCGGGAUUUGGUUUGGCAAAAAAAGUUGCUGAUUGCAGAGGUUUGGUUGGCGGGCGAUACUGCCUUUGUUUAUUGGGCGAGUGUAGAUUAUUUUAGUGGCUAAUUUAGGAAGGUAAUAUUGAGUCCUCUGUAAGGGAAUUGGUGAAAGGCUUCUUUCCAAUAGAAUUCACAAAAUGGACUGAUUGCACGACUCAAUUCCUACUUAUUCAUUUCUCCUCUUAGAUCUGACCUCCUAACCUCUGGCGGUUUGUGCAGAAAACCCUUGUGUUUUGAUAUUUUUGUAUUUCUUUUUCUUUUUGAACGAUCAAUUUUUAGGGCAAUGAUGUACACUUGCUGCAUUUAAUAUAUGGGUUGUGUUAUUAGUGUUU